AUGGGCCUCACAGGACUGAGGCAGAGUCUGACCCCCUCCUUCUCGUCCCCAGAUAAGGACGAGUGCAGCUCCGGGGAGCAUCGGUGUCACAACUCCACCGUCUGCAUCAACACUGUGGGUUCAUACACGUGCCACUGCCGCCAAGGCUGGGUGCCUAGACCUGGAUUCCAGGAUAAGCAAAUGAUCACCAUCUGCGAAGAGAUCUCCUUCCCCACCUGGACUGCUCCCUCUGGAAUCAAGAGCCAGGCACUCUCUCACUUCUUUAACAGAAUCCAGGAUCUGGGCAGCAACUUCAGUUCGGCCUCUGUCCUGAACACUGUUCGGGACCUCGUACAGGAGAUGGGUGAUCUGCUGGAGACCCCCGGGGAUCUGAAAGCCCUGCCCUUCUCAGAGCAGCACUUUGUGGCCACUAACCUGCUCUUUGGCCUGGAAAAUGUCCUGAGAGGGGUGAGCAAGGCACUGCCCAAAGGGUCGUUUAACUUCAGUUCAUCUGCAGGCAUAGAACUGUCACUGGAGGUGCAGGCACCAAGCUACAGGAAUAUCACCUUGAUUCAGAAUCAGACAAUGAUGAUGCUGACCUGGGAUACAGUGCAUGGUUCGGGUGACUCAGGUCUUGCUGUGGUGGGCCUCCUGUCCACUCCAGGGAUGGACAGAUUCCUGGCUGAGGCCCCUCUGGUCCUGGAUGCUGAGGAACCGACAACUCUACAUGAGACACACAGGGGUUUGCUGCAGGAAACCUCCCACAUCCUGCUGUCAGAUGUCAUAUCUGCCUUUAUCGCCAACAAGAACACUGAGAACCUCAGGUCCCCAGUCACCUUUGUCUUCCAACAUUCAGUGACCCCUGGGCCAAGAGAGAAGGUGCACUGUGUUUAUUGGGAGCAUGGCCAGAAUAGAAGUGGUCACUGGGACACCAGAGGCUGCUGGGUGGCCAGCACCAGAGACAACAGCACCACCUGCCAGUGCACCCACCUCAGCAUCUUUGCUGUCCUCAUGGCCCACUACGGUGUUCAGGAGGAGGAUCCCGCACUGACUGUGAUCACCUACGUGGGGCUGAGCCUCUCUCUGCUGUGCCUCCUCCUGGCGGCCCUCACCUUCCUGCUGUGCAAAGCCAUCCAGAACACCAGCACCUCGCUCCACCUGCAGCUCUCGCUCUGCCUCUUCCUGGCCCACCUGCUCUUCCUGACAGCCUUCGAUAGAACUGAGAACAAGGUGCUGUGCGCCGUCAUCGCAGGUGCCUUACACUAUCUCUACCUGGCCUCCUUCACCUGGAUGCUCCUGGUGGGCCUGCACCUCUUCCUCUCUGCCCGCAACCUGACGGUGGUCAACUACUCCGGUAUCAACAGGUUCAUGAAGAAGGCCAUGUUCCCUGUUGGCUACGGAGUCCCUGCUGUGAUUGUGGCCAUUUCUGCAGCUUCCAGGCCUCAUCUUUAUGGGACACCCACCAGCUGCUGGCUCCACUCAGAAGAGGGAUUUAAAUGGGGUUUCCUUGGACCAGUCUGUGCCAUCUUCUCUGUCAAUUUAGCUUUCUUUCUGAUGACCCUUUGGAUUUUGAAAAGCAAACUCUGUUCCCUCAACAGUGAGGUGUCCACCCUCCAGAACACGAGGAUGCUGACAUUUAAAGCCACAGCUCAGCUCUCCAUCUUGGGAUGCACGUGGUUUCUGGGACUCCUGCAGGUGGGACCGGCUGCCCACAUCAUGGCCUACCUCUUCACCAUCAUCAACAGCCUGCAGGGUGUCUUCAUCUUCCUGGUGUACUGCCUUCUCAGCCAGCAGGUCCGUGAGCAAUACAGGAAGUGGUUGGAAAGAAUCAGGAAAUCCAAAGCCAAGUCUGAGAAGUACACGCUCUCCAGCAGGACCAUGUCUGAUGAUUGCAAACACAGUGAGGAGACUUACAUUAACAGCUAAAUCCGAUGAUCUUGUAUCCUGUUCGGCAAGGAAAAUUCUGAACCGUCAUCUUUGGGCAAAACUUUUAAAAUAUGUUUUCAGGUUUGUUACAGGACCUCUUCACAGAACCAUUGUGUAAGG